GCGCUGCAGUUUCUGUAAGUUUUGAAAGGAGCUUAAUUAAGAGGCUCGGCAUCACUGGACCCAAGUCAUUCCCUCCGUGGAGCGACCAGAGAGCAAGACCAGACCGCGGAGCUGUCUGUCCUCUGACUCUCUGUCUUUUAUUCCACCUAUCUGUUGGAUUCUUUUUUUAUCACUAUGAGACACUUGGCGUGCGGGAUUUUGUGCGUGGCGCUGUGGAUUCACUCGGUCUCCAGCAGUGUGCUGGUCAGCAGGAAGCGCGAGUCCGCUAAAGAACCCUAUCCGCUCUACAUGAUGCACCUUUACCGGACUUUACUGGCCGGCGACGGAAAGAAAUUAGCAGGGACUUCGGGCGCAGGGAUUGGAUACGAACAGCCAUCUCUGCACCACUCCGACUCGGUGCUCAGCCUCGUCGCCAAAAGUUGCUACCAGAUGGGUAACAAGUGGGCCGUCACGUUUGACAUGUCCUCCAUCUCGGCGAGCGACGAUGUGCAGCGCUCAGAGCUGCGACUGCGCCUCCCGGACUUCCCCGACUCUGAGGACCCCGUGGUGGACAUCUACCACACUCCCAAAGGCUCUGAGGAGCGUCUUCACCUGGGUCGUAUUGAUGUCGCGUCGAGCACGUCUCCAUCCUCACACUCCUCUUGGAGAGUCCUCAAUAUCACCCAGCUGCUGAAGUACUGGCUGCACCAAGGGGGCCUGCCUCCCACCCAACUUCACUGGGAUGAAGAAGCACCCCAGGACCUUCAGCAUCCCAUCCAGCAUCCGACAGCCAACAGCAUCAUGAUGGUGGUUUACUCCAAGCAUACGAGGACAGAAGCCUCUACGCUGAUCCGCACGGCCGAGCACUCCAAGUAUGUGGCUCAGGAGCGGCCGUUGUCUGAGCCUGUGGCCCGGAGACACAAACGCAACCACCGGGCGCAUAAGAGGGUGAGAGAGGCAGCAGGGGAUAGUGCCAUCCCUGCACUGACACCAGACAAGGGUGAAAAGAAGACCCUGUGCAGGAAGGUGGACAUGUGGGUGGACUUUGACCAGAUUGGUUGGAGUGAGUGGAUUAUUUAUCCAAAGAGAUACAACGCAUACCGCUGUGAAGGAGGCUGCCCUACGCCAGUGGACGAGUCCUUCACACCAACGAAUCAUGCGUACAUGCAGAGCCUGCUGAAGCUGCACCAACCGGACCGUGUCCCGUGUCCAUCCUGCGUACCUACACAACUGGCUCCUCUCUCCAUGCUCUACUAUGAGAAUGGGAAGAUGGUGAUGAGGCAUCAUGAGGGUAUGGUGGCAGAGGCAUGUGGCUGCCACUGAUCGGACACUCAAAAAAUACUGAGCCAAAUCGACUUCAGCACUUACGGUGUCUUUACAUGCCCGUCCCCAACAACGAGAGACUGCCAGAAAACUUCAGCACUAAGCAGAGAGACAAUGCAGAAAUGUGGACAACGCACAAAGACAUUUCUUCACCAUCAUUCUGGAAACCUAGCCCUUUCAUAUACCACUGAUGGAUGAUUCGUUCCUUUUAAAUGACUAAUUUAAGUGAAUAAAUACUCAAGAAUGCAUGAGCCAUUUUUUUUUUCUUUUACAAAAAGAUGGACAGUUGUUAUUUUAUCAUGCUCAGGGUUUAUAAUUAGCCAUUUUAACUGGCUCAAAGAUUCACUCAAACACCUAGUUCAAAAGAAUCGAAUCAGUUCAGUGAAUCACUACACGGUGUUAUACUUAGAAUAACUAACUGAUCCUAUGAGUUAGAGACUCAGCAGAUAGACAUUUUUCUCCAGUGCCUUACUUUUCAUGUAUGAUGUUUGUACA